AUGCAUCGAAAGCCAUUUCUUGCUCGGGAAGAAAUUCGUUCAUCUCACAAGCUACAGCUAGUACAUAGCGAUGUGUGUGGUCCAAUGCAAACAGAGUCAUUUGGCGGAGCAAGAUAUUUCGUGACGUUCACUGAUGAUUACUCUCGAUGUUGUGCAGUGUACUUUAUGAAGCAGAAGUUAGAAGUUCUGGAGAAAUUUAAAGAGUUUGAGGCUGCAGCAACGAACGAGGCUGGAAGAUCGAUAGGAAUAUUGCGAACUGAUAAUGGUGGCGAGUAUCUUUCCACAGAAUUUCAAGAUUAUCUCAAAGCGAAAGGUAUUAAGCAAGAAUUAACUGUUCCAUAUUCUCUUCAGCAAAAUGGUGUCGCUGAACGUAUGAAUAGAACGUUGGUCGAGUCUGCUCGGUCGAUGAUCGCACAAGCAAGAUUAUCUAAGAUGUACUGGGCUGAAGCCAUUUCCACGGCUGUUUAUGUGAGAAAUCGAAUGCCUACGAUAGCAAUCAAAGGGAAUACAACGCCGUACGAGCGAUGGUAUGAAAGAAAACCGAACGUCAGUCAUUUACGUGUGUUUGGGUGUAUGGCCUUCCCCCAUGUUCCAGACAGCAAACGACAAAAAUUGGACAAGAAAGCGGAAAGACUACGCUUUGUUGGUUAUUGUCGUACAUCGAAAGGAUACCGUUUGUUCGAUGAAAUCAAGCGAAAGAUGGUCACCCGAAGGGAUGUCGAGUUCAAUGAAAACGAUUUUGGCGACAAGGAUGAAAUGAUGACGACAAAAUCUCAAGAUCAAACGACAGAAGACGUGAAAGAAGAAACGGUGGAAUUCGAAGAAGAAAAAGUGGGAGAAGAAGUAUCCACAGAACCAAGGACUUCUGGCAGAACACGGAAAGCCCCUGUCAGAUAUGGAUACGACGAGUAUGCAGAGACUGCUAGUCCUGUACAUCCCGCACGUCAUGGCGCUUACAAUGCAUGUGAGAUAGAAGAACCCUCGUCCAUGAGCGAAGCUAAAGAAAACCAACACUCGAAAGAAUGGAUGGCUGCUGCUGACUCAGAAUACAAUUCACUGAUGGAAAACAAGACCUGGAGACUUGUACAGUUGCCACCUGGUCGAACAGCUAUUGGUUGCAGAUGGGUAUUCAGAGCGAAGCACGAUUCUGAUGGAAGAGUAAAUCGUUUCAAAGCGCGGCUAGUUGCCAAACGAUAUGCUCUUGGACUAGAACUUAUUGUUUAA